AAUAGAGUUAAAUUAAAAUUUAUCGCCGACUAGUUCAGUCAUGUUCGGGCCGUCGGAGAGUGAGGUUGGGUUGACGGCCACAGGUGGCCCGAAGUCCGACCAAUUUUGGUUAAGUCGCCCCAUAGCGACUUGGGGGCCCCUAUGGGGUUCUUACAGUUUUAUUCUUUUACUUUUGCUCCCCCAAAACUUUAAUAAUUUCUAGUACUGUAGCGCAUUUUAAUGGCGUGGAAAAGUUUUGCUAAUAUUCUUUAUGCAUUUUAAUGAGGAAAAGAUGAUGGAAAGUGAUGUUGAGAAGUGUUGCGAGGAAAAGUUAAAAGUAAAGCUUUGCUGUGUGGUUAAGAGGAAAUUACAUGAAAAUUUUUAUAACACAUUGCUGACUUGAUUGAAUUCUAUAAUGUAAAAAAAAAAUUUGCGAUGAAAACUUGAGUGCGAGGAGUUGAGGAAAAUGGGAAAAUAUGUUUAUUUUUAUUCUCCCGCCUGGAAUUCCAGUGCGAUAAUCAUAUGGGGGUUUGCCAACAGCGUCUUUUUAUGACACACCAUUCCAGGACAUUCGCUUCUACACAAAUGUUGGCUCAGAACCAUGAAGAGGACGAAGAGGACUGUCUCUGUGGCAAAAGCUCAUACCGUUGCGGUGCCCUUCUAAAUAUUUAACUUGCAAAUGCACACACAUGUUCGCACCAGGAUUUAUGUAUGUUCCACAAGUUUAUCGUAAUUUACCCAACUAUGCGUGUACUCGACAUAUGAGCCACUACACAUAGACCUAAAUGGUCGUUUAAGAGCACCACCAACCUCCCCAUUGGGGGAGCAGCAUGCAUUGUCCCCUGGAUCUUGUCCAAACUUUCAUUUAUAGCAAAAUUGAUGGAGGUGUGAGGAAGUGUGCAGGUGAAAUGCCAAACUUCAAAAUUUAAUAAUAGGUAUUGAGGUACACACACGUCAAAGUUCUCUCAAACUACUUAAAAAGCUAUGAAGGGAAGAACAUCGCCAGAUGAAAUGAAUGUCAUUCUAACUUUCAAAAGCUCUCUUUGCAUCUGCUGAGCACUGCAGCAAUGAUGGAUUUGAAUUCUGUACACUCAACAUAGGACAUGGAUGGUGAAAACCGGAUCAUAUUGAAUGUGGGCGGAAUUCGGUAUGAGACAUACAAAGCAACGCUGAAAAAGAUUCCAGCAACAAGAUUGUCUCGCCUUACCGAAGCUCUUGCGAAUUAUGAUCCCGUCCUCAAUGAGUAUUUCUUUGACCGGCAUCCGGGAGUUUUUGCACAGAUUCUCAAUUAUUACAGAACAGGGAAGCUUCACUAUCCGACUGAUGUGUGUGGACCACUUUUCGAGGAGGAGCUGGAAUUUUGGGGCCUUGACUCCAAUCAGGUGGAACCAUGCUGCUGGUCCACGUACAGCAUCCAUCGCGACACACAGAAUACCCUCGCGAUUCUAGACAAGCUUGACCUGGAUAAUGAGCAACCGUCCGAGGAGGCAAUUUCGCGCCUUUUUGGCUUUGAGGAGAGUGGAGAUGUGAGCUGUUGGCAGCGUUUGAGACCCAAAAUUUGGGCAAUGUUUGACGAACCAUCGAGUUCAACAGGUGCCAAGAUAAUUGCUUGCAUUUCUGUGUUCUUUAUAUGCACUUCUGUGAUAUCGUUUUGUUUGAAAACCCACCCGGACUUCCGUGUGGAAAUUCCAUCACCCACCACCCAUAUGAACAUUACCACCCCAAUGCCAACGGCAAUAAGUCUCGAGGAACGGACAUCUCGAGCUCGCUUAGCCAAUAAAACCACCACAUUGGGGGAACGACACACACCAACAUUCCUCAACUUGAGACGCGUCAGGAAGGAUGGGUGGCAGGAUGGGCAACCCCACUUGGCAUUCUUCUACGUUGAACUCGUAUGCAAUGUGUGGUUCAUCAUUGAGUUGGCAGUACGUUUUGUGGUGGCGCCAAACAUCCUUCAAUUCAUCAAAUCCCCGGUCAAUAUAAUCGACCUAGCUGCCACCCUCAGCUUCUACACGGACGUUGUGCAGCAAAUGGGAGAGCAGACGGGUCUCCUUGAAGCCUUCUCCAUCAUUCGCAUCUUGCGUCUUUUCAAGCUUACGCGCCACUCACCUGGUCUCCGUAUUCUCAUCCAUACCUUCAAGGCGUCCGCCAAGGAGCUCACCCUUCUUGUCUUUUUCCUCGUCUUGGGUAUCGUAGUCUUCGCCAGUUUAGUCUACUACGCUGAGAAGUUGCAGGAUAAUCCAAAUAAUCAGUUUAAGAGUAUUCCUCUGGGUCUAUGGUGGGCAAUAGUGACCAUGACAACUGUUGGAUAUGGAGAUAUGGCCCCUAAAACCUACAUUGGGAUGUUCGUUGGUGCCCUUUGUGCUCUUGCCGGUGUCUUAACCAUCGCCCUACCGGUCCCAGUCAUUGUCAGCAAUUUCUCCAUGUUCUACUCCCACACACAGGCCAGGUCGAAGCUUCCCAAGAGGCGUCGUCGAGUCCUUCCGGUGGAGCAGCCGAGACGCAAACGCGAAGUUGGCAUCGCAACGCAUCGUCGUGUGAAUGCCAUGAAGCACCAACAUGCAUCCCAUACACAUCCUGCCAUCUUCAAGGAUGCCUUUGGUGGGGCUAAAAUUGGUGAUUUCCUCGCGGUACCCACGCUACAGGCACUUCAACCUCGGGCUGCAACAACGGGAAAUGUUGAUCUCCUCUUGCCGCUACAGCCAAAGCUCUUGGCGAAUUUAGAACGCAGAGAAAUGCCAACACUGAGGGAGGAAAUUCAAUUAAGAGAGCAACCAAAAGUUACAUUGCAGCGUGACGAUAUACCUUACGUGGAUGUUGGUAAUGAAAAUCCAACCUGCGAUUGAAAUUUUAUGUUUUGUGAUUAUUCGGAAAUUUAUUCUGGAAAUGGAUGAGUCUGGACUCUUGGUGAGGAGGAAUGAUUCUCAUCAAAUGUCUUUCAAAAUCAGACUAAUCCUGUAAUAUUGAAAAUAUUUUACUUUCCUGUCUGGACUUGAAAUUCUUUCAAAGAAAUUUUAUUUUUAAGUAUUUAAGACAAUCUAUCAGCGCUGGAUUAACAUGGAUAAAAUCAAAAAAUGUAUACUGGCGUAUAAGAGAUUGACAGAGCAUUGUAGAGUUCCAUGCAAAGAAAUUUAAUGAAUUUUAAAAUUAAUCCAAGAAAUGCUUUCUAAAACCAAUCCACAGAUUUAUUCAGAAUUCAAAAGUUUUUCUUUGAUUACAUUUCUUUGAAUCAAAUAAAUUAGAAAAUGUAUGUAAAUAUAUAUUUAUGUAAACAUGAAGUUCUUCCGUGAAAGACAAAAAAAAUAUUUUUCUGACCUUUAUAAUUAUUUUUUUUUAUUUAAAAAUAAUUCGAACCAAAUGAAUAAAAUUGUUGUUUUUUUCAAUUAAAAUCAAAUAAUAUGGAAGCUGUUAGUUAGGUAAAAUAAAAAAUCUCAUUGUAUAUAUGUAUGUAGUUGAUUUUUAUCUCUUAUGAGAGAUCCAACUGUCAAUUGAUGGCUCAAUUUAAUAAAAUUAAUUCAAGAUUUAUACUAACACGAGCGCGUUCAAAUAAAUAAAUUCUUCGCAUGAGUUCGCAGUUACAUGACAAAAAAAAACUCCUCAUGGAAAAGCACUCACCAUCCUCUAAUUUUGUCACACAAUUUGAGCUUUACACGUAUAAUUAAAAGCUGUUGUUCAAUUAAGUUCUCGUAAGUAAAUCAAAUGAAUUGUCACAUUGAUGUGUAUAAGAAGAAAGCGAUGUUGGACUGUGAAAGAUGUUUCAAUAUAGAAAAUUUUAUGGAAAACAAGAUGUAUAUUAUUUGCCAGCAAAUCUUCAUUAAGUGAAAAUGAAAAAUUUCCACCCGGAAGUGCAUCUGAUCGAGGGAAACCUUCAUUGCGAAUGUUUUACUAUACAUACCUACGCAUGUAAUGAGAAAUGUACCAAAAAAUUAAGCCAGAAAAAGUUAGAAUUUUUUUCAUUUUUAUUCAACAAAAAAGCAUGAAAUUAGGUUAAACAAUAUUUUAUUAUAAAUCCAAUAAAAAUGCCCAUGUUGUGAUUAAAAA